UUUCUGGGAGGGCGGGGGCCGGAUCCUGCCCCUUCGCCGCCGCCUCCUCCUCGCCUCUCCCCGCCGCCCUCGCCAUGUCCGCCUUGGAGAAGCAGCUGCAGCUGGGCCGCCUGCCCCCUCGCCCGCCGGGACCCGCCGGGGGAAGCGGCCAGGCCCUCCCCAAGAUGCGCAUGGGGCCUGGAAGGAAGCGCGAUUAUUCUGCUGUCCCGUGGAGCCAGUACUUCGAGUCCAUGGAGGAUGUUGUGGUUGAGAGCGACUCUGGCAAGGAUACUUUUCGAAUUUACAAGAGUGGGUCCGAGGGUCCCGUCUUGCUCCUUUUACAUGGUGGAGGCCAUUCCGCCCUCUCCUGGGCCGUGUUUACCUCUGCCAUCAUCAGCCGUGUCCAGUGCCGGAUCGUGGCUUUGGAUCUGAGAGGACAUGGUGAGACGAAAGUUAGGAACCCAGAAGAUCUCUCCGCGGAGACGAUGUCCAAGGACGUUGGAAACGUGGUGGAAGCCAUGUACGGGGACCUCGCCCCGCCCAUCAUGCUGAUUGGCCACAGCAUGGGCGGGGCUAUUGCCGUGCACACGGCAGCGUCCAACCUGGUGCCCAGUUUGCUGGGCCUCUGCAUGAUUGACGUUGUGGAAGGCACAGCCAUGGAUGCCCUCAACAGCAUGCAGAAUUUCCUUCGGAGUCGCCCGAAUACAUUCAAAUCUCUGGAGAAUGCCAUCGAAUGGAGCGUAAAGAGCGGGCAGAUACGGAAUCUUGAAUCUGCCAGGGUUUCUAUGGUUGGCCAAGUCAAACAGUGCGAGGCUGCCGCCAGCCCCGGGCGUCCCAAAACCAUCGUGGAGGGGAUCAUAGAGGAGGAGGAAGAGGAGGAGGAGGAAGAGGAAAACGGAGAAUCUGUGAACAAAAGGAAGAAGGAUGAUGACACAGAGACCAAGAAGGAUGUGGCCUACACAUGGCGGAUCGAGCUGGCGAAAACGGAGACGUACUGGGAUGGCUGGUUCCGGGGCCUCUCGAACCUCUUCCUCAACUGCUCUGUUCCCAAGCUGCUGCUUUUGGCCGGUGUCGACAGACUGGAUAAAGAUCUAACCAUCGGCCAGAUGCAAGGGAAAUUCCAGAUGCAAGUCCUUCCGCAGUGCGGCCACGCAGUCCACGAAGACGCUCCGGACAAGGUUGCCGAAGCCGUCGCGACGUUCCUGAUCCGUCACAGGUUUACAGAGCCCAUCGGUGGAUUCCAAUGUGUUUUUCCUGCUUGUUAAUGCCCCGACGGUCUUCCCGGCACUGACUCCCCUUGUAAAUAAACCUGCACCAGAGGGC